AUGGACGCAAAGCAUACUGCGGUAGUACUUGGUUCCACAGCGGGUCUGAUCGACUACGAUGCCAUCACUUGGCCCGUCCAACUCACUAGCAAAGUGCAUCGAUCGCUCUACCCUUUCCUGGAGCCCAAAAACCCUGCCCUCUCAGCCGUAGGCAAAACUGUCCUGAUAACCGGUGUAUCUGGAGGCAUUGGCCGAGCUAUUGCUGAAGCAUGGACAAUUGCCGGCGCCGAAGGAAUAGUCAUUACGGAGAGAAAGAUGGAAGUACUACAGGAAGUGGCGCAGAAAUUGGAGAAUAUAGCUCAAGGAAGGACGAAGAUUGUCGUCACAGCCACUGACGUCACCAAAGAAGACGAUGUUAAGAUACUAUGGGUGAAAGCAAAAGAGGAGCUUGGACGUAUAGACGUGCUCAUCAACGACGCCGGGUCACUAACACAAGCCAUGGAGGUCAACGUCAAAGGCGUCUACCUCAACGUCCAUCACUUCCUCGCCCAAUUCCCAGAGCCUCACGGCACCAUCACCACAACAUCCACCGGGUCCAUUUCCGACACAUAUCCAAACUUUUCGUCCUACACUCCCAGCAAACUCGCACAAACCAGAUUCAUGGAAUUCCUACAUUCUGAACAACCACAGAUCCGCACAUUUAGCGUCUUUCCCGGCCUCGUCGCCACAGACAUGCUUCCAAGAAAGUACUGGGACUUUGCAUUAGACGACCCCAUGCUAACUGUUGGAUUAACCUUAUUCUUGAGUACGCCGAGGGCGGAGUGGAUGAGAGGAGGGAUGGUGAGUGUGAAUUGGAAUUAUGAAGAGAUGGAAGAGCAUAAGGAGGAAAUUUUAGACAAAGGGCUCAUUAAACUGGCGUUCUGUAAUGCGAAAUUCAGAAAAGGAGGACAUCCCUGGGAGACACAGAAAUCUGGCUGA